AUGGCUUCUUUGCUUGAGCGCACCCUCGGAGCGGUGAGGAAGGAGACGGCAAGCGGGGAGGGAAACAGGCGGGUCAGCGGCGGCGGGCAGACGCGCGGGAGCCCUUAUGCGCGUCCUGGGAACGACAGCUGGAAGCACGACAAGUUCGAUGCGGAUGGCGAGCCACGCGGCGAAGGCUCUCACAGGUCCACAACGCGCAACGCGCCAGCUUCAGCAGGAGACGCCUCGUCCGGCGCGAGCGCCAAGCUGAUCAUCAAAAACGUUCACUACGAGGUGUCGGAGAGGGAGCUUGAGCUCCUCUUUGUGCAGGCGAAUUGGACCGAUUGCAGCUGGGCCAAAGAUCAAAAGGGCAUCGCGUGGGUGACGUACACGAACGAGAAGCACGCAGCGCAGGCAAAGGAGGCGUUCAAUGGCGCUUUGGCGAAAGGUGAGCCACUCGAGAUAGACUUUGACUAUCGGGUCGGCCCUCCGCCCGGCCCUGCGGCUCCCGGCACGCUUCUCGCGCGACUCGGCAACAACGAUGGUCGCGGCCCUAGGUUCGCAUCUUCGGCAGACCGCGGUUCCGGCACUCGCCACGUCUCAGGAGGCGCACCAACCGGACCGCGGAGCGAGCGGGGACCCGGGAGUGGCCGAGGUGGUGCGAGAGGUAGCGCGCGUGGCGGACGAGGUGGUGGUGCCGGUCAACAAGGCAGGGAUCGGGUCAGGAAGGAGCCGAAGACGGCGGAUGACUUGGACAAGGAGCUUGAGGCGUUCAUGAAGACCCCGGAGAACAAGCCUGCGGGACCGGCAGCGGUACCUUCGGGGGGCGACAUUGAGAUGGCUUGA